AUGUCUCUCAGUCCACCUCAGACAUCCACUCCCUUGGAUGACUCAAGAGGAAGAGGGGAUGUGAAUGAUACCAAACCAUCUUCAACACUUUUACUUCUUCCUCCUUCACCGACUAGUUCAAAUUCAUCUUUGACAUCCGAUGAAACGUCUUUUGACCAUCUAGCCUUAGCUCUGAAUUCGACUUCGGACAGUAGAGUCAAGGUUACUGGUACUCGUGAUCACUAUGAUGGUGAUAACCUGUCAAAUGCACCUAUACUGGGUUUAAGGGAUUUAGUUAAAAUGCGUAAAGCUGAAAAAAUAAAAUCGAAUUUACCGAUAUCACCUCCUCCUACGGCUACUAUAAUAGAGGAUCGAACUGUUCAUGUACAAGAUCAAAAUCCACCUGGAUAUCCUGGUACUAUUACUGGUACAAAUACGUUGAAGCGAAAUGAGGUAUUCGCUAAACAAGUUGUGAUUAGAGGUUGGAAGAUUGUGGGUGGGAAUGAUUGGAAAGAUGUUGGUAAAUUAGGUGCUUAUGUAGUAUACGACAUCGAUAUCGGUUUAAUGAAUGGAGGAAACAUUAAUAUACUAAGACGAUAUACGGAUUUUGUCAAUCUUCGAAAUGAACUAAAAAUCACAUAUCCAUCUCUCAAGGAUGCUAUACCACAGUUACCAGGUAAAGCGCAUUUUGCCAGAUUUUCACGUGCAUUUCUGGAACAACGUCAACCGCGAUUACAAAGAUUCCUACGAGCAGUGGUGCUGCAUCCUGAGAUGGGAAGAGGAGGUGACAACUCCAUAGUGGGUGAUUGGGUGAUGGGAAAUAGCCGAUAA